AUGUCCGGUGGCGCUGGAGCUUCCGACCGUGGCUCGCCGAGGGAGCCUGCCGGAGGAACGAGUAGGCCGCCGUUGAAGCGUCAUCUGGCGUUUGUCUCGACGAAGCCUCCAUUUGCACCGAUGGAUGAGUAUCACAGUUUUGCCGCCGUUGAUUCUCGGAAAGUCGCCGAUCACGUGACGGAAGCAGUUGUUAUCAGAUCUCCGGUCAUAAAGCGUAAGAAUGGAAUGAAUGAAAGUGAAGGAGAGUCACAAAAGUGGACUAACAGCCCUGGGUACACUAAUGUAACCAAUAGUAGCCCGUUUAAAACUCCAUUGUCUGCAAAAGAUGGAAGGACAAACAAGUCAAGGGUUUCCAAAGAAGGCAAAUCAUGUCCUCCAACACCUAUCUCAAAUGCUGGUUCCCCUUCCCCUCUUACUCCUGCUGGUAGCUGUCGUUAUGACAGUUCCUUAGGUCUCUUGACAAAAAAGUUCAUCAAUUUGAUCAAGCGUGCAGAGGAUGGCAUUCUUGACCUAAAUAAAGCAGCAGAAACUUUGGAGGUGCAAAAGAGGAGGAUAUAUGACAUAACUAAUGUUUUGGAAGGCAUUGGUCUCAUCGAAAAGAAUCUCAAGAACAGAAUACAUUGGAAAGGAAUUGAAUCUUCUACGCCUGGUAGUAUGGAUGGUGAUAUCUCUAUGCUUAAGUCAGAAGUUGAAAAACUUUCUUUGGAUGAGCAGAGUCUAGAUGAUCAAAUAAGGGAAAUGCAAGAAAGGCUGAGAGGUUUGAGUGAAGAUGAAAAUAACCAGAAGUUCCUUUUUGUGACCGAGGAAGAUAUUAAGGGCCUACCUUGCUUCCAGCAGAAUGAAACUUUGAUAGCAAUCAAAGCUCCACAUGGAACCACCUUGGAAGUCCCUGAUCCUGAGGAAGCCGUUGACUAUCUACAGAGGAGAUAUAGAAUCAUUCUUAGGAGCACAAUGGGUCCCAUUGAUGUCUACCUUAUCAGUCAAUUUGAAGAGAAAUUUGAAGAGAUUAAUGGUGCUGAGCCCCCCGUGAGCUUACCUCUUGCUUCAAGUUCAGGGUCUAAUGAGCAACAAGUGACGGAAAUGGUUCCUGCUGAAUGCAGUGGUAACGGACUUGAACCUCAAGCUCUCCUCUCUUCCCAGACAUACUCUGAUCUAAAUGCUUCCCAAGAGCUUCCUGGGGGCAUGAUGAAGAUUGUCCCUUCAGAUGCUGAUAAUGAUGCUGAUUAUUGGCUUCUAUCAGAUGCUGAAGUUAGCAUAACAGAUAUGUGGAGAACAGAUUCUAAUGUUGAUUGGAGUGGAGUGGACAUGCUUCAUCCUGACUUUGAAAUGAUCUCGAGGCCACAAACUCCAUCGCCUGGACUUGCGGAAGCACCACCAACUGUAGCUAACCCUAAUCAGAGCCUUGUGAUUGUUGAGGAUGCUGUCGGAGCUGUUGAGUGUUAA